UAAAACCCGAGAGCCACCGCGUUUCCCUCUAGGAAGAGGCCGGGGAUUGUGUCCUUUCCUCCCCGGGGACCCCCGACCCUCCGACACUAUCGAGGUCUUUCCUUAGUGUGGAACCCGGGCUGUUCCCCAGGCUCGUCCUGUUGCUCCCUCUGGAACUGGGUCCGUUCUUAUCCCCAGCCCCAUUGUCCCCAUGCAGGUGACUCUGUGCAGGUCUGAGCUGAGGCUCCGUCCCCGAGCACCCUCCUGCCAAGCAACCUCACGAGUCAGCAGAGUCACCUCGGGCCUUUUGUCACCUCCCCUGCCAGCUCCAGAGGGGCUGCGCUCAAAUCCAGCCUGCCAGGAACUCCAUAGGUUGAGUUUAGUGAAUAAAUACAUGAAGAAAUCUGUGGAUGAAUCCAGUAAACAGCCCAGAAAACGUGUGAGGGAUGUGCAAUGCACAGUGGCAAAGAAAUGUUUCAGAUGUGCUAAUUCAGAUAAAUGAUGCAUUGUGAAAGCAGGAGGUGCAGUCCUGACUGGGGUUUCUGCACAGUCAUUUUGGAUGUGAGGGAUUUUAGCUGCUGGGAUGUACCAAGGCCAGCUCCUCUUGGAACCACCCUCCAGAUGGGGAGCUGGGGAGGGGAGAUCCCGCCGGUCCUGCUGCUCUGGUAGCUCUGGCUCCUUGGUGGGAUGGGAUCCAGCUCUUUGGAGACAAAUCCUAAUUCCAGGAAGCAUUUAACAAGGCCAGGAGAAUGGCUUUGGAGGAAAGAUUCCACUCUUUCAAAACACAAGUUUGAUUUACUCCUGGAAUUACUUUUUUCCACUGCCCAAAGCAGGGCAGAGCUGCUGCAAGUCCAGCCUCUUCCAUGGGAUAUUGCCAGCGCUCCUGACCAGUGAGGGGCUGGUGUAGCAAAACCCCUGGGCUCUCGCAGGCCGGGGUGAGCUCAUGGCUUUGCUUCAAGUGAAUUCGCAGCAGUCUGGAUGUUGUUGGGGGCGCAUUUGUGGCUUUUGGGAGAAAGCAUCCGCAGCCGGGGAAGUGUCGGCGCACGGAGCAUCCCAGCGGGCCAGCCCCGGCUGUCGCUGCCGGGGGUCAGACCUGCUGGGGUUUGGUGCAUCCCUCAGCCCGAUUUGCACAGCAGCAGCCCCGCGCUGACAGGAAGGAAGAUGAGCGAGACACGGGGCAGGAAGGGGCGAGCAGCGAACGGAAAGAGACAAAAGCCACGGGGCUGGGACCGGCGGGGGAACCCGGAGCCACCGUCCGCAGGUGCUGCUCCGAACAUCGCCCCGCCCCGGGUCCCAUCACCUGCAGGGGACACCGGCGGCAGCGGUGGCUUCUACCUGGAACUUGAGCAUCCGUGGAGGAGGAAGCAAAGCCCUGGGGAUAAAGAGCUGAGCGACACGGAGGGGCUGAAUCCUCCCGCGGCCACGAGGAUGCUCUCGCCACAGCCCCGCUCCCACUCCGACCUGGGGAAGGCGGCAUGAGGCCAAGAACAAUGCAGAACAUGCAGAAGCUGACAGGAGGCCAGCUGGAGAUGCUGCACUUUGAUGGCAAAGGCGUGGUGGAGGAAUACUUCCAGAAAAUUGGGGUUCCCACCACCAUCAUCCGGCUGCCAUUCUACUUUGAGAACUUCCUCGCUGCCCUCAAACCGCAGAAGAAACAGGGAGACACCUUUGUCCUGGAGCUGCCCAUGGGGGACGCCCCAAUGGAUGCAAUGGCUGUGGAGGACCUUGGGCCCAUUGUGCUUUCCCUGCUGAAGUCCCCAGGGGAGUACAUUGGCCAAGUGAUCGGACUCAGCACAGGCAAGCUCACCGAGGCAGAGUACGCUGCCGUCCUCUCCCAGCAGACGGGCAAGAAUGUGACAGCCAGCAAGAUCACCCCUGAGGAGUGGGAGAAGCGGGACUUCCCUGGAGGCAAGCAGACUGCUAACAUGUUCCGUUUCUACGCCUUGAUGCCAGACCGCAACAACGUGGCCCUGACCAUGAAGCUCAACCCCAAGGCCCGCACCUUCCAGCAGUGGGCAGGGGACAACAAGAAUUUCCUCUGAGCCUCCCCUCCCUCCUCUUCCUCCCUGGUUGCUAGCAGCAGGUAGGGGCACCUGGCUGAGGAGGUGAGGUGCCCUGAGCCAUGCUGCCUUCCCAGUAGUGCCCCAGGGAGAGGCUGACCCUGCCCCAGCUGGAGAGAGCUUGGCCCAUGUGCUGGUCCCUGUGUGUGCUCCUGCAGCUGGUUGGGGUAUUUAGGCAGCUAGAACAAGAGCAAGAGCUGGACAGCACUGGCAGAGAGCUGGCAGAAGCACUGCCUUUGCACUCUGUCCUCAGGGAGGUGUUGCUUUAAUCACUGUGGGUGUUUUAGGGUGGUGGGGGCUUGUUUUCCCAGGAUCACCUCCUUUCCCAGGCAGUUCUGAGCAUAGGGCACCAUGUGGUGGGCUGAAGAUGUGUACCCCAGGUAUCCAUAGCCAGGGCUGCUGCAGGCUCCUAAGCAAACAUAAGACAGGGAUUUCUCCAUGGAUGUGGUUUGGGCACUGCAGCUGAGCCACUGGAGAGAUGGAGGCUUAGUGAGCGCCCAGCAAGCAGAGACUGCAGUGAUUCCUGUGAGUGUAACACAAGAGCUGACCCUGAUUCCUCAUCAUACAGCUCUGCCCCUGGUCCUUGGGCUCCUGAGGUGAAUUUCAGUCAUUGUCCCAAUGAGCUGAGAUAAAACUCGACUUCUUCUAGACUGUCCAAGCUUCAGGGGAAAAUUCUCUUGUGCCUCAAGUACUGCAGCUUUGUGGUUAAAGCCAAUACCUGCACGGUAUCACAAACACAGCAGGCUGCAGUAACCAUGGAAUACUCACUGCAAGAGCUCAGCUGCAUCUGGAAGGAGUGAUCCACGUCACUUGCACUCUCACACAAGUAAAACAAUGAUGCUUCGACCAAUCCUUUACUCUAUGGGUGUUGCACUAAAGUAAUAAAAGAUUUUUGUCCCCAA